GGUUCCAGAGCAGACAGAGGAGGAGGAGGAGGGAGGAAGAUGCUACAGAACGACACAGAUGUUCGCAGACGGCGCUCUCCCUCUGCAGCAAACUGGGGCUUUUUCCAUCAUGCCAGCAGACAAACUGACGCAGGAACUGAGCUUUCUGGAGUCUGACUGCAAACACUGACUCAUACGCUCUGGAUUAGUCUGCAGAAUUAAAAAAAGCCAAACGCAGGAGCAGAAAUGGCAGCAGCAGACAUCCUCCCCUUUGCUCUGUGGGUCAUCACAUUCCUCUCGUCCGUCCUCUGCUGCCCUGAGUCUUGUACCUGCUCAGAUAAAUAUGGGCGCCACUAUGCUGAAUGCUCCUACAGAGAUUUAGCCAAAGUCCCAGAGGGUUUGCCUCCCAACGUGACGACCGUCAGUCUCUCCGCCAACCUGAUCGCCACGAUCCCACUCGGCAGCUUCGAUAACGUCACCCAGGUGACCUCCCUGUGGAUGGCCCGAAACGACAUCUCCUCCAUCGAGGAAGGGAGCCUCGUACCUUUGGUUCAUCUUCGCAACUUUGACAUUAGCCACAAUAAGAUGGUGGACUUCCCCUGGGGGGAUUUGGUGAACCUGACGGCUCUGGAAAUGCUGAAGAUGAACCACAACGAGUUGGCCCACCUGCCCAGAGACGCUUUCGCCAACCUCAAAAACCUGAGGUCACUCAGACUUAACAACAACAGGUUCGGGACCAUAGCUGAGGGGACGUUUGACAACUUGGUGUCUUUGUCGCAUUUGCAGAUAUUUAACAAUCCUUUUGUGUGCACCUGCACCUUGGACUGGCUCAGAGACUGGAUCUCCUCAACCAUCGUCUCAGUUUCGGAUCAGAGCUCGAUCACUUGCGCAUUUCCCAAGGAACUUAAAGGUGAAGUCAUUUCAAAACUGCCAGAGUCCAAGUGUACAAGCCCAAAUGUCACAGUACUGACUGAACCGCAUGUUAUCGACAUGGUUUUCCAGGAGAACUCUGAAUUAAUUUUGACCUGUGAGUUCAACGGAAACCCGAGACCUCUGGUGGUGUGGAAUAUUUCCAGCAAAGGCCAAAAACAUGAGGUGGUUCUGUCUGUCACUGAGGACAACUCUGCAGAAUCUAAUGAAGGUUCUGACUCCUUUAAAGUGUUUAACAAUGGCACACUUCUCUUUUCAAGCCUCAGACAAGAGGAUGAUGGGAACUACAGCUGCUCUGCAACAAAUGCGUUUGGCAGAGAUGAAGAUUCAGUGUCUGUUAAGGUGAUUGCACGUCCAAAACCAACACCAAUCAAAGUGAUGACCACAGUGUUCACUUCUACUCACACCAACCCAACAGUUCACCCACAAACCAAGAGAAAAUCAGUCUUUGGUUCUCUAAAUCUUCCAGAUUUAAAAAGAAAAGACCCAACAAUCCCUCCAACUGCUCAUAUCAAUCCUAAAUUUUAUGAAGACACAACAAGAUACCUGAUUCGUUCAAGCAAAUGUGGCUUAACUGCGAACACAAAGAACAUCUCUGGCCACAUCCUGAACGCAAGCCUGGACGACGUAAAGCAGUACACCUUCGACUUUGGUGUCAUUGCACUAGGAGUGUCAGAAACAGAGGUAACGGUGCGACUCAAUCCCCUACUUAUACCCCAAGACAGGAGCCCCAGCCGAGCCAAGAGCUUCCAGAGUGACAGCGAGGAAAACUCCGGCUUUCCGGAUGUCCUGGAAAACUUCCAAUCAAGCGGUUUGUAUCUUUGCAUUGCUGCCGACAGCAAACACUCCGCCGUUCAGUGGUCACAGAUCAAGGAAGGCGUCAACACCUACCUGUUCAGUGGCUUACGGCCUGGCACCAACUACUCUCUGUGUCUGACCUACAGAGGGGAGGACUGUGAAGUCCAGGUGCUCUUUGCCACCAGACGGAGGGUACCGAACCUCCUCAUCAUCAUCUCCGUCAGCAUCUGCCUGCUCACCGUGUCCACCGUGCCUCUGCUUGGCGCAACGUGCUUCCACCUGGUCUACAAGUACCGCAGUAAGACCUACCGUCUGAUCCUGAAGGCCAAAGACCAGUACCACCUGGAGAGGAACCUGAGCAUGCACGCUCCCAUCACGGAGUCUCAGAGGAAGAUAAACGAGUACGAAGUGGAGACGGAGAGCAUAGACGACGAGGAGAAGGAGGCAGACACAGAAGAAAGCAUCGUCACCGAGUCUUUCACUUGCAAGGGAAACGUAGACGACUGUGAGAUGGGAUCUGAGUACAGCGACAGGCUGCCUUUGGGGGCCGAAGCCGUUAAUAUUACCAGCAACUACAGAUAUCCUGAUGACUAAUCUGCAAACAUGUUCUGACCCAAAUCACUCUUAUUCCUCGUUGGUUUGGUUUAUUUUAAGUCCCAAAGAAGUUCUGCUCUCCUUCACAUUGAUCUGACAUGGAUGAAGGUAGAUUUGGUUUAAAGCAGAACCAAAGCUGCCAAUGUCUGUAGCAGCACUCGAGCUAGACCCAAACUUUUGAGUGAGAAUGGGCCAAAACCUGGGAUGCAAAUGGUUGAGAAAUGGGUUAUUAGAAUCAAAUUUGUUUUAAUCUAUUAACUAAUAAUGUCUGAUUAAACCUUUUUUCAGUGUUUUAGUUUGACCGCCAAUACCGAAACAAAGAUGGCCGCGCAGGUAUCCCAGAACGGGAAAGAGAAAUGGUCCAAACAGAGUCCGGUAUGCGGUUCCGUUUAGAAAUAUAAACACUCAACACUAUAGGUGAUUCUGCUGAUGAUGGAGCAGCAUCGUCCGAUUUGCUACGAAGCUGAGAAGGAUCUGAUGACAUAAACGUGAGGCAAUAAUGCAGAAAAAUUGCAACAUGAUAGAAAAAGUCAUGAUGCCAAUAAGAAUGGUUGAUUUUGAGGUUUGUCUAAGUUUAAUACUGUAGGAAAACCACAAUUUUCUAUUUAUUCAGUGAGUAUUUAACACAGCUGAUACAAAAAUAGCUUAAAUAUAGCGAUGUGCUUCUUUUUUUAAGUUCAGCAUAUUAUGAAAAAUUUAGCUGGUCGGCCAUCUUGAACUUUAGAUUAAGUCAUUAUUUAUAAAUUUGCAUUCCUAGACCAAAAUGUUGCACCACAGCAUCAAAGCAGUCAAUGUCUGUCUUUUUUAUUUUAUUUAAUUGAUUUGAAAAGCUGAAGCUGCUUUCAUGUCUGAUGAGAAACGAUGCAGCCAGAAUAUCAACAAAGACUCAACAAACAACUUUAGAGAUAAUUUCACUGUCGUCUGUAGAAACACUGAAAAUCUGCCUCACUUUCUGUUAUAAUACAUUCUGUGUUUUUAUGUAUAUCAUGAAAAAAAAAACAAUCUCUUUAAAUGUCAAGUCUUUAAAAACAACAUUUGUUCGUACAUUAAAUGCUUUUUUUUUUUUGCACAAAACGACGUUAUAAUAUUUAUUCUGAGAGGGAAAGGACUGAAAACGCUUUUUUUAGAUAGUUCACAGAUUCAAUAAUUAAAUUUGAAAAAGUAUUAAUAAUAUUAAAAUGUUGUUUAAUGUGUUCUUAGGUGAUAGACUGACACAGACCAGGAAGGAAAUGUGGAUUGGAAGUUUUUUUCUUUUUCUCUCAAAUAAAAAGCUAUAGCAUGCAUAGAAUCAGCCUUCCUAAGUCAGCGCCUUAUAGAAGGACUUUUCAUCAUAUUUUUGCUCCAUUGGUUCUCUACUUUGACUAGGCCACUCUGAUACAUCCAAAUGCCUUUAUCUAAACCAUCUCACUACUGCUUUGAUUGUUGUCCUCUAGUCGUUCUCUAUUUGUUCUCCAAUAAUGCUGGUUGGCCUCUUCCUGCCAAAGGAAAACAUCCUCAAAGCAUGAUGCUGCCACCGCCGUGUUCUAUGGAGUGUUCAGGGUAUUCUGUGAUGUGUUGUUUGUCCUACACACAUGGUAUUUUGAUGUGGGUUACACACCAUUUUAAAAAGGUAAA